ACACUGUUGUAUCUAAUUGUAUUGGUAGGAUUGCUCAUGACUGUGGGAACUUAGAUCGCCAUUGCAAUUUCAACCUCCUACCAUAACUAUAUAAAUUACUACCAAGCUUCGUAUUCUUGUAGCUUGUGCGAGAUCAAUCAUGUAUUCAGCUCUACCGGACGAGCUUUGGAGACGGAUACUGGAAAUUGGGAUCCAAAACCCUAGUGAUAACAUCAAGAAAUCUUGCCUAAACUACAAAGAUCUCUGCUGCCUCUCCAUCUCUUGCAGACGCCUCAACAGAUUGUCAAACGAGGAAUCCCUCUGGUCCUCCUUGCUCUCUUCCGAUUUCCCCCAAUUUCACAACCACCCAACACCACCACCACCACCAUCACUUCACUUUUCUUCAUCUUCUAGCAACAACCCACCAUCUCCCAAUUCCUCUUCCAAAUCGCUCUACAAAAUCAGGUUUGAGAGAGACAGAGCGCGUAAGCUUGCAGCUCAUCGGCGGGCUGUUCUUAGAAUUGAGAGUCAAAUUGCUGAGCAUUCAAGAAAGUUGCAAGAGAUACAGCUUCGGGCAGCAGAGGAGACUGAAAAAAUGAAGACAGCAGUUGCAGAACUAUCAAACUUAUGCAAAGCCAGGCAAGCUUCAGUGGCCUUAAAUGUGUGGCAGCCGGAGGUUAUUCGGGGCAGGCAUAAACAAAUAGUUGAGCAAUGUGCUAUACCUGCUGACUCGAGAAUCCAUGCACUUGAGAUGGAAGUUAGGCUUUGCAAGCAGCAGAUUACGGGUCUUGAUAAGGCUUAUAGAGAUGAGAGUACAAGGCUUGAUGCAACAAAGGAGCAGUUGGGAUCCAUAAAGUACCACCCUCUACGAGAUUUCACCUCGACAAGUGGCAGGGUCGAUGAAUGUGGCAUUAAGAGGAAAAAGUCGAGAAAAGACAAUAUUAAAUGUAAGGGGGCUGCGACUCAAGUACAAGAGGCUAGAAAACAAUGAACCUGGUGUAUCAUACGAAUUUUGAGUCUAAAGUGAAGACAGAAAUUGAUGUAGCAAGGUCAGAUGUUAUUGAUUCUGAAUUAAGAAGUACAGUUGCUCGGGGAUUUCUAUUCACAGAAACACAUACUCUAAUCCUUCUCUUCUAGAGCUUUGACUCAAGGGCUUGGCAGCUUCUAUGCAACUCGAAUGGGAAGAUCUUUUUCGGUCUUUGAGAUGCGAAGAUGACGGAAUCUGUUGGACCUUCACUUGAGGGCUUCGCAGUUUGUUUCUCAAAUCAGUCUUCACGAUCUUCUUCAACUGGGUAGAAGAAUGUGUUGAGUUUUGAGGCUUCAGGACAAACUGUUUGUGACUCCAAUCUCCAGGUGUGGUAGGAGUUUGACGGAGCUUCAUCAUGAACGAUUGCCCUGAAGCUGCCAACUUAGGCAGGAAAUGCCUUCGGGGCUUUGGAGGCUUCAAUCCUUGGAGGUUUCCCCCUGAAGCUGCCAACUUGGACAGGAAACACCUUCGGGGCUUUGGAGGCUUCAAUCCUUGGAGCUUUCCCCGUUGGAUGUAUUCAAGUGUUGAAGGUGGACUUGUGUCAGCACGUUCUAAGAGCUUGUAGCUUUGAUAUCUUUUUUUUUUUUGGCUAAGCGAAAGGGUGGGUUGGAUUGAACCAGCGCUGGCAUAGAAUGUUCGGACUUAAGCCAUAGCCUCCCCCUACCGGGAAGAAAAUAUUGAUCCAUAAUGAUGUCACAGGCUCCUUCACCAGGCCCCCACCGAAAUGCAAGUUAAAUUUGGAGCCCUCUCUCCCAACCAUCCGAGUUCCAAUUAUCGAACUCGAGACCGGUAGGAGAGGAGCCGCCUUAUGUUCGCUGCUCCAACCGCUUGAACUACCACGUGGUUGUAGCUUUGAUGUCUCUCGCGCUUGAUGUGAUGUCUUUGUACAUGAUUUGCUUGAUGUAGGAUUGUAGUCUGGAGGCGCCCCCUCUGCCAAAUUUAUAUUGCGGAGAAACUAUUCUUAUGGUUUUUGAAUAUAGUUUUGUUUUAUGGACCGUCUCUUUAGGUU